GCCAUGCGCAGUGUCUCGAACAAGUAACACAUGGGUGCAGAGCAGCAAACAUGGCGGAGCAGAGAGAAACGAAUACAGAAGAAGAGAAAAUAAACACACAAACUGCCGAAGACAACACAACAGAAGACACAAACAUUGAAGACACAAACACUGAAGACACAAACACUGAAGAGAGACACGUGAGCUUCAGAGAUCUGGGUGUCACUGAAGUUCUCUGUGAAGCUUGUGAUCAGUUGGGCUGGAAGAAGCCGACCAAGAUCCAGGUGGAGGCCAUUCCUGUCGCUCUAGAAGGUCGUGAUGUCAUCGGUUUAGCAGAGACCGGUUCAGGGAAGACCGGAGCGUUUGCUCUUCCUAUCCUUCAGUCUCUCCUGGAGUCUGCGCAGCGGCUGCAUUCACUCAUUCUGACACCCACACGAGAACUCGCCUUCCAGAUCUCUGAGCAGUUUGAGGCGCUCGGCUCCAGCAUCGGCGUCAAGACAGCUGUGAUUGUUGGAGGGAUCGAUAUGAUGUCACAGUCGCUGGUUUUGGCUAAGAAACCUCACGUCAUCAUCGCGACUCCGGGACGAUUGAUUGAUCACCUGGAAAAUACAAAAGGGUUCAACCUGCGAGCGCUCAAAUAUCUGGUGAUGGAUGAAGCCGACCGCAUUCUUAACAUGGACUUUGAGUCUGAGGUGGACAAAAUCCUGAAGGUGAUUCCCCGAGAACGACGAACUUUUCUGUUUUCAGCCACCAUGACUAAAAAGGUGCAGAAACUGCAGCGAGCGGCACUUCGUGAUGCCGUCAAAUGUGCCGUUAACACCAAAUACGCCACCGUGGAAAAACUCCAACAGUAUUACAUAUUCAUCCCGUCCAAAUACAAGGACUGUUAUCUGGUUUCUAUUCUCAAUGAAUUGGCUGGAAACUCCUUCAUGGUUUUCUGCAGCACGUGUAAUAACGCCCAGCGUGUGGCGCUGUUGCUCAGAAACCUCGGCAUCACCGCCAUCCCGCUGCACGGACAGAUGAGUCAGAACAAGCGUUUAGGAUCUCUAAACAAGUUCAAGUCAAAGUCUCGCUCAGUGCUGCUGGCGACUGAUGUGGCAUCUCGCGGCCUCGAUAUUCCUCACGUAGACUGUGUCAUCAACUUUGACAUCCCCACACACUCAAAGGAUUACAUUCAUCGUGUCGGCCGAACAGCGCGAGCUGGCAGAUCUGGGAAAUCCAUCACGUUUGUCACACAGUAUGACGUUGAGCUCUUCCAGCGGAUUGAAGUGUUGAUUGGGAAGAAACUGCCCGCCUUCCCCACACAGGAAGAGGAAGUGAUGAUGCUCAUGGAGCGAGUGAGCGAAGCUCAAAGAUUUGCGCGGAUUGAGAUGAAAGAACAAGGUGAGAAACGGAAAAGACCAAAAGCGGGAGAGGAAGCGGCUGAAGACGGCGAGCAGUCGAGUGGUGUGAGGAAGAAAGUGAAGGGCGGCGCGUUCAGAGGCGGGAGAGGUGGCGGCGGGAGAGGUGGCGGCGGGAGAGGUGGCGGCUCGAGAGGUGGCGGCUCGAGAAGAGGCCGCUGA